AAUAACACCCCAAACUUGUCUUAAACCCCUAGUCUCACUCAGGCCUUAGCCAGGGUUUUCCUAUUUCCUUCUGCAGUUUCUCGAAACGGUAUCCAAUUAUGGCUUUCGCAAGUAGAGUUGGGUCUUUAGUGAGACAAACUGUAAACAAGAAUAUUGGCUCAUCCAACCCAUCAAUCUUCCAAGCCAUACGUAGCAUGUCAUCUUCUAAACUCUUUGUUGGAGGACUCUCCUACGGCACUGAUGAUGGAAGUCUCAGAGAAGCAUUUGCUAGCUAUGGAGAAGUUAUUGAAGCUAGAGUAAUCAUGGACCGUGAAACUGGUAGAUCCAGAGGCUUCGGCUUUGUCAGCUUCACAUCUAGUGAGGAAGCUUCCACAGCCAUUUCUGGCAUGGAUGGAAAGGAUCUUCAUGGCCGAAUGAUUCGUGUGAACUAUGCAACCGACCGCACGGGAGGAUUCCGAGGCGGCUAUGGUGGUGGUGGCGGAGGCUAUGGUGGUGGUGGUUAUGGGGGUGGUGCUGGCUAUGGUGGUAGUGGUGGUGGAGGUUAUGGCAACGAUAGCUAUGGUAGUGGAGGUGGUGGCUAUGGUGCUAGUGGAGGUGGUGGUAGCACUGAUAGUUAUGGUAGUGGAGGUGGUGGUUAUGGUGGUACUGGAGGUGGUGGCUAUGGUGGAAGUGGGGGUGGCGGCUAUGGGGGUAACAGUGACUCUAGUUAUAGCGGAGGAGGUAGUGGAGCUACUGGGGGCAGCUAUGGAAGCAGCUAUGGAAGUGGAGGUGGAGGUGGAGGUGGAGGUGGAAGCUAUGGUAGUAGUGGUGGGAACUAUGGUGCUGCCCCUAGUGGUGGUGGAAGCUAUGGUGUUGCUGCUAGUGGUGGCGAUGGUUUUAGCAGUGGAGUUAGCGGAGGUUAUGGUGGAAGUGGUGGUGUUGGCAGUGGAUUUGGUGGUGGCCAGUCUGUUGACGAGGAUGGUUAUAAUUCGGCUCCAAUUGGUGGGAAGCAGUUUGGCAAUGACCCUUUGGAGGGUAAUAUCAUGGAUGACGAUCAGCCUGAUGAUUUCGCCGACAAAAGAGGGUGAAAGAUUGGAUAUAGCCAUGAAUCUCUCCCCCCUCUUUCAUUCAUCAAAGAACCUUUUUUUUAUCUUUUUGUUUUAAGAGAAACUGGUAAGAGUGUGAUUUGCAGUAGUUAGGGAAAUAGACUCGGGACAUCUAUACUCUAUGAGAUACAUUACGGUGUAACACAUUUCCUUGUGGCGGUUUGGAUAUCUGGAAAUAUAUUUUCUGUGUGGGAAAUAUAUUGUUACUGUUCUUUUUA